UAACUCAUCCCUCCCUCCCUCUCUCUGUCUCUCUCUCUGUCUCUCUCUCACUCCCAGUAUAAGUGUAGCUGACUCGUCCCUCCCUCUCUCAGUGUCAGCACUGGCCGUUACCUGCUCCGUGCUCUCUCUCGCCCUAACACUCUCUCUCUCACUCACACACAUGAAUACACACAUUAUUGCCAUGAUUGUGACACACAGUCGAGCGCGUUUGUGGGAUUAGACACAGUGUGUGUGUGAGAGUGUGUGUGUGUGUGUGUGUGUGUGUUGGAGGAACUUGGUUAAGGAUGAUACACCUCACAUGGCUGCUGCUGAUCUCCGGGAUCCCGCGUGUUACAGCAAGCUAUCCGAUAUGGUGGUCAUUAGCGGUGGGACAUCAGUACUCGUCUGUAGCAUCUCGGCCUGUGCUGUGCAGCUCUAUCCCAGGUCUAGUGCCAAAGCAGCUGCGCUUCUGCAGGAAUUUUGCAGAGGUGAUGCCCAGUGUAGUGCACGGCCUCAGCAUCGCUAUCCGUGAGUGUCAACACCAGUUCCGCGGCCGCCGAUGGAACUGCACUACUCUCAAUGACACACUCUCCAUCUUUGGUCCCGUCCUAGAUAAAGCCACAAGAGAAGCUGCGUUCGUUCACGCCAUCGCAUCUGCAGGAAUAGCGUUUGCUGUGACUCGAGGGUGUGCUGAUGGUUCAGCUACGAUCUGCGGCUGUGAUAUGAUACGUAAAGGUCCCCCGGGGGAGGGGUGGAAGUGGGGCGGCUGCAGUGAGGACGUUGAAUUUGGGAACAUGGUGUCACGAGAAUUUGCAGAUGCACGCGAGAACCGGCCCGAUGCCCGAUCUGCCAUGAACCGCCACAACAAUGAGGCUGGCAGAAUAUCCAUCACCGAACACAUGUACCUGAAAUGUAAAUGUCAUGGACUGUCAGGAAGCUGCGAGGUGAAGACAUGCUGGUUUUCACAGCCGGACUUUCGCAAAAUCGGUGACUACAUGAAGGACAAAUACGACAGCGCCUCCGAGAUGGCGGUGGAGAAGCACAGGGAGUCUCGGGGCUGGGUCGAAACCCUGCGGCCCAAAUACGCCUUCUUUAAACCGCCCACAGAAACAGAUCUCGUCUACUAUGAAAGUUCGCCCAAUUUCUGUGAGCCGAACACGGAGACGGGUUCGUUCGGGACGCGAGACCGCACGUGUAACCUGACGUCGCACGGCAUUGACGGCUGCGAGCUGCUCUGCUGUGGCCGAGGACACAACACAAGGACGGAGAACCGCAAAGAGAAAUGUCACUGCGUCUUCCACUGGUGCUGCUAUGUCAGCUGUCAGGAGUGUAUGCGCGUCUACGACAUCCACACCUGCAAAUAACCCGGACUAGUACGGAGAAAAUCGUUUAGUUUCUUUACUAACCUGCUAAAAUAUCGCUGAAAAGCAGGGUGUGUCCUGACUUUGCUGAGUGACAAGGCUUUCAAAGCAGAUAUAUAAUCAUCAAUAUUCACACACCUGUGAGCGCAUCAUAAUAACUGGACUCUGUAUUAAUACACCACUGAAAGCGUUACACAUAAGCCAUUGUUCUGUCCAUAGAACACCUUAAUCUUUGCCUGUCAUUUUGCUUAGCAACCAGUGUUUACUGUAACAGACUGCGGUGCAUGGAGGAAGAAUUGAUUAUAGCAAAAAUUCAUAAUUUAUUCAUAAUAAAUUCAAUUAUUUAUUGAGCACUAGAUUUUAUCAUAUUGUUUUUGUCAUGCAGGUAAGAGGGUUGUUCUCCACUUCAUGUUGUACCUAAGAACGCCCUUACCUGUGAUAAAAUCGAUGUAACACACACCCUCUUGUGUCGUAUAUCACACAGUAUAAUAAAGAAGCUAGCUUCCAAAAUAAUGCUAAUAUUAGCAUUAUUUCGCUAAUUGCCCUUGUUAACCCAAAGAUGCUUGUCACUCCGCAAAAUCAGGACCUCCAGGAAGCUAAGGGGCACAAAAAAAGUGGUUCCCCUAUGAAUGUCAUCAUUCCUUCAAGAACCGUCUAUGAAAAUAUCCCUCUGGAUUAAAGUUGUCGAGUAACGGUCUUCCAAAAACAACUCGUGUCAUCAUUCCCUUACAUAAUAGAUUAAAGAGAAAGGUCAAAACCGAGGUUGUUGUGGAUCCUGCAAUGAAAAAAGGGGGUGUGUCUUAUUACACACUACUGAACAGGCAGCUUCUUUCAGAGACAUUAAAAGACCUUACAUGACAAAGGGGACCCACUUGAAAAGGCUCUCACGUUCCCUUCUCAAAGGGACUAUCACACCAUUGUGAGGACGUUUCACUCCUUUAACUCUCAGAGGGAUGAUUCUUAACCUGACUUCAGAGAGAGAGAGAGAGAGAGAGAGAGAGAGAGAGAGAGAGAGAGAGAGAGAGAGAGAGAGAAGAAAGAGAGGCGACUCAAAGUCUUACAUCGCCAAGCUCUGGAGACUUCUGCAAUUGUGCUGGGAAUAAAAAAAAGAGGCUUUGCAAUGGCACGUGGCACCUGGUGUAACGUUUGUCCCCCAGCGACACAUUAGCUUUAGCCUCUUUGCUAACAACUUUAAUCAGCCAUUAGCGCUAUAUUGAAUUCUAAGUCGUUCCUAUAAAAGAUGGAUAUUUUAAUUUUUUAUACUAAGUGCCGUAUUAAAUGUUUAAAUGUGCAUACUCGUGUGAAAGAGAUUUAGCACUCAGUUAUUAGCACUCUGCUCUGCUAGUUUCAGCAUUAGCUUUUAACACGAUUUUUUUCUAAAACAGCUCACUAUUUAAUAGCUACAUCAAAUAUUUCUUGAAAAAAGAAAGAAAAAAAAGUAUUUUCUGUGUUAUGUGUCGUGAGUAUGUAAAAGAGGUUUAUAGUGGUAUGUAGCAUGAUCACUGCCCAUUUCUAGCAUGCUGCUAGCAACAUAAAGUUAGCAUAAUUCCUAACCUCGUACACAAUUAGAAGAUAUUAGUGUCGUAUUUCAUUCUUUGAAAUAUUCUAUGAAAUAUUUUUGAGUUAAAAAAAGAAAAGAAAUUUGUGUGUUGAAAAGCUAUGAAUCUUAGUGACAAAUAUUUUAUAUAUAUUUUUGAUAGGAAAAUUCUUUAUUUUGUGUGUGUGUGUGUGUGUGUGUGAGAGAGAGAGAGAGAGAGAGAGAGAGAGAGAGAGAGAGAGAAACAUGUUGUAGUAGCACUACUAGCAUAAACGUUAACCUUUAUCCAUGUGAUAAAUAUUUCUUGAUAAAAUGUAGUGUGUGUGUGUGUGUGUGUGUGUGUGUGUGUGUGUGUGUGUUCAGGAAGUAUUCUGAGUACACGGUUAACGAGUUACUAAUUAGGUUAUGAGUUCCCAGUCGUGCCCGAGCGAGCGUUACAUAUUUCCGAAUUUCUCUGAAUUUGCUUGUUUGCUUUAUGAAUCAUAACUGGACUUUGUCCCUCAAUGUCACCAUUCUGUCCUUGUUGAAUGUUUCUUUUUGUUGUUGUUUUUUUGCUACUUAUAAUCCUCCUCUUCUAACAGGAAACUGUUAGGAGAACCCCCCAACCCCCUCCCCCCAAAGAUAGAAGAAUAAUUGAGUUUUUUAGCUGUUAGCCUUAGAGAAUUAGCACUUCAGGUAAGCGCUAAUAUAGUACAUCGAGUUCGCUUUGUUUUUGUGUUAACAGUAUUAGCAAUGUUUAAAAGGGCUGCUUUCCAGAAUAAACCUAACACUGGACCGAACAUGUCACUGUAGAAACACUGGACAUACUCCACAUUAGGAAUGCUAACUUUUUGCUAGCUAGUUCUGAGAGAGUUUUCUUCCAUCCUAAUUAGUUUAGUUCCUCUUACUGGGUCGUAUUCAGAGUCAGUGUCUUAAGUCCAAAAGUAUUUACGUGAGGACAGUUCCUGGUAUUCAGAAUCGGGUUUCACAGCUGUAGAGCUCCACUUUGAAAUUAUUGUUGCCAGAUUUUUCUUGGGUAAAAGUGUCUGAAUUUCUACUGUGGGGUUUUUCAUCAACGUCUAGACCACUACCUUUAAACUCUCCUUUAAACCAGAAGGGAAAACAAAUAAGGAUAGAAACUACAGACUGAAGAAGGAUUUUUUUCCUUUUCUUUCAAGUGUAAUAGGAUGUAACACAAAGGCAAGAGACAAUAAUAAUAAUAAUAAUAAUAAUAAUAAUAAUAAUAAUAAUAAUAAUAAUAAUUAAACUACUACUACAAUGAUAUAUGAUUGAGAAGAUGGCGAGAGCUGAAAUAAAUCUCAAACGAGUCUCGUAUAUCACUGAUAUAUUACUGCAGGAAUAGAGCUAGGUGUAAUGAUCACAUUAAUCACGGGGUUAAUUGAACAAAAUGGCUUCAACACUCAUUAUUCAGCAGCACAUAGAAUAGCACAUGAUCCAGCGCAGACUGUUAUUUUACAUUUUACUUAUUUAUCUUGUUAUUUCCUGCUCUGACUGUUUGAAUCGUAAUGUUUUUGUGAGAUUUAAGAGAUUUCAUCACACCUUUAAUCCAUUAUUUUGAUUUGUCGAAUAAAUAAAAUAUUGCAGAAGUUUUAUUCGAUAAACGCGCUGAAAGUCCCCGUGAAGCACCUUAAAACAUGCAGCGUUAUUCGAUCUGCUGACGGAAUUUCCACUGAAACAAGAAGUCAGGGCAGGACAUAUCGGAUGGCUCCUCCUCAUUUUUAAAUAACCAAUAGCUUUUAGGAAAGUUGAUUUUUUAUAGUCUUGUGGGCGGGACACUUCAGUAUCUAGAGCGCGUCUGAUUGGACAGAAAAUCUGAUGAGAAGCUUAUUGUUUUGGAAGCUUAUAGAUAACUGUAAGGCUGACAUAUUCAUACAAAAAGCCACAAAACUUAUAACAAUUUUAGAUUUCAUGGAGACUUUACGUUCAAAGUCAGAGACAUGCCUAUGUUUUAGACAAACUCCACCCCAUGUGAGAUUUCAAUAUUAAAUCCUCACUGUGCGCUGAACUCGACUCUGAGUACUACAGUCUGUCAAAUGACAAAUUGACCUGUGACAAGCAGCAAUUUAACAGUAACACCGAUUUAGCUUUAGACAUUAGCCUCAUCUGGAUGCUGCUAACAGGUUUUACUGUGUAUUAUAUUCAAACUUAGUGUGUGUGUGUGUGUGUGUGUGUGUGUGUGUGUGUGUGUGUGUGUGUGUGUGUGUGUGAAAUCUCUUCUUUCUGUGAAAGACUCUAUGUAGAUAUAAUCAUGAACUAAAAUGUGAAGUUUUCUUCUACUAAUUCAGUUUUCGUCCAAAUUUGCCAUUGUCUUCAUUUUAAAGGCUUACAUGAAAAUAAAUAAGUAAAUAAAGUCAGUGUGUUUAAAUGGACUGAAUAAUAAUAAUAAUAAUAAUAAUAAUAAUAAUAAUAAUAAUAAUAAUAAUACAUACAUACAUACAUUUCAUAAAACAUAUAUUUAUAAAUUGUAUGGAGGUAUGAUGUGAACAUGGGAAAUGAUCUCUACUUUAUAUUCUGAUGAUUAUUUGCGUUAUUUCUUGUGCAUUUUUAUGAAAUAAAUGAACGAUGUUGCUGUCACACUGAAUUCUCAUUUUCUCUGCCUUUCAUUUCUGUGCUUGUAAAUUCCAAAGCUUUGUAUGAACCAGUCCUGUGUUUAUGGAUUUUAGGGAUUUGGGUCAAAGGAUUUUUUUUUUUAAUGAUUAUUUAUUACGGCAUAAAUGUGUAAAUUUGGAAGUGUGUGUGUGAGUCUGUGUGUUGGUUAGAAGAGUAGUGUGUGAUGUUUACCUCAGUGUCUGCUGCUGACUCUGACCUUCUUCUUCCUCUUCUUCUUCUUCUUCAUUUUGUUGUUGUUGUUGUUGUUGUUUUCUUUGAAGCGUGCCGUGUCCUGCUGUCUGGUAAAGGUGAUGACUACCAUUAACCCCAUAACUGAAUAAAUUUAUACUGAAAACACA